AUGAGUUUCCAUACCAAGAUCUUGCCCGUGCGGCUCGACAGCAUCGUGUUCCACAAGGACGACGUUUUGCCCCACAUCACUGACAAAGUGUCCGCAGAAAGUCUCCGAAUUGCGGCUCACGAGCUCACCACCACCACCAACGUGGUGGGGUUUCCCACCGAAACCGUGUAUGGCUUGGGGGGCUCUGCGCUCAAUGAUGAGGCCGUUCGCUCCAUCUAUCGUGCCAAGAACAGACCUUCCGACAACCCGUUGAUCGUGCAUGUUUCCUCCAUUGACCAGCUCAAGCGCAAGAUUCUUCCAGCCGGCUACGAGAUCCCUGCUGCCUACCACAAGUUGAUCGAACAGUUCUGGCCAGGUCCGCUUACCAUCUUGCUUCCCGUAGAUGAAGCAUCGCCUGUGUCCAAACUCGUCACUGCUAACCAACCCACGGUAGCCGUGCGCAUUCCCAGCCAUCCCAUAGCCAGAGCCUUGAUCGCGUUGAGUGACACUCCGUUGGCGGCUCCUUCGGCCAACGCAUCAACCCGGCCCAGUCCCACCAUGGCAAGCCACGUCUACCACGACUUGCAGGGAAAGAUCCCCUAUAUUCUUGAUGGCGGGCCCUGCACAGUGGGGGUGGAGUCCACGGUGGUGGACGGCUUAUGUAAGCCACCCAUGCUCCUCCGUCCAGGAGGAGUUUCGAUGGAGGAGAUACUCCUACACGGAGGCCCUGAGUGGUCCCACACGGUGGUGGCCAAGAAGACAGCAUCAGCAUCCGAGCCUGUGCGGACUCCUGGAAUGAAAUACCGCCACUACUCGCCAACAGCGAAAGUGGUGCUUUUUAUACACUGCGGCGACGGAAUUGCAGCCAUUGCAAAAUACCUCACGGACAACCAAAUAAGCGCCCAUACCACCAAAAUUGCGGUAUUCAAGAGCUCCAAAUUUGCUGGUGCUGACCAGAUAAGCGGCGACAUCGCCAUGGAAAGAGAGCUUGGGCGUACGGGCCAAGAGGCGUCGCGAAACCUCUUCCGGUUGUUGCGGGAGGCAGAUGAACAUGGAAUCGAUCUUAUCUUGGUGGAGGGGGUAGAGGAGACUGACGCGGGACUUGCGGUGAUGAACCGGCUCUCGAAGGCAGCUAUGGAGACGGUGGAGGGCGUGGAAGCCUAG